AGAAAUUGACAUUUUCUUGUUCGACGCCCAUCAUAAUGAUCCCGAUUAUGAUGAACACCGACACAGCUAUAAUAUGAGUAUUUAAAUAGGGCAGUUUAUCGCAUAGUGGAUACAGAAUUAUAUCCAGCAUGGCCAUAUUGACGAGCUCCCAGGAAUUUCUUUCUGACCUGCAGAUUACAAAAUACUUCAAUGUCGCUUUUCUAGGAAUUUGGGUAUUAGAUUAUUGCGUUACAUUCGAAGACGAAGUCCGCUGGGUGUGGGGACGAAAAUGGGAUUAUACGCGAUUAAUAUUCAUAUUUUCGCGCUACCUACCAUUUUUCGCUGUUAUUGUGACUAUUUGUGUCGCCAUGCAAAACCCAAAUGGUAAUUGCAAGACCUACAAUAGUGUUUGGGAAGCUGACUUCCCGCCUAUCGCAAAAGCUGCCUGCGCUUUGGCUAUCAUCUCCACAGAAGCCUUGCUUGCCUUGCGGACUUACGCCUUCUGGAAUCGAAGCAAGAAAUUGCUGGUGUGCCUGCUUGUUUGUGCUGCUCUCUUUAUUGCGGUGGCUUUUGUCUUGUCAACCAAAAUACACGACUCCCAGAGCUCUUGUGAAUAA